AUUGUUGACGUCACUUCCGGAUUUAAUUGUACACUGCUCGAGAAAAAAAAAAUCUCUCUAGCCCAUAAUUUUAAUCCUGGUAGGCACCAAAAAAGCAGUCAGUAUUUUUGAGUAAAACCAUCCAUGUCAAGACAAAAAGAGGACAACCGAAGUGUUGUGCUGCUUGUGCGUACAAAUCGGACCACGGCAGCCUUUCCGCCAACGUACCGUGAAUCUGUGUAUCUGGCUCAGUGACUACAACUUAAGACCUUGGCACCAUCGUGUGCCAGUCAUUCCAAGACCCAGGACUUAAGAAUCCAGCAGAAGAUGAAUGGUCUGUCCAUACGAGAGCUAUGCUGCCUCUUCUGCUGCCCUCCUUGCCCCGGUCGCAUUGCAGCCAAAUUAGCUUUCCUCCCGCCAGAGCCCACAUACGCCCUCCUCCCUGACCCAGACCCUGCGUCUGGAGCAGGAACUGCAUCGGGUUCCACUACUGGGAGCACCCUCCCUUCUCUGGGAGCUCCCGGUCUACGGUCGCGUUUGGGUGCUGGUAGUGGCGGUGACAGAGGAGGAGGCGGCGGCGUCAGCGGCGGUGGUGGAGGAGGUGGUAGUUCUGGGGUCGGGAGUGGAUGUGAGAGCAGGUGGAAGCUGCAUCUCACCGAGAGAGCGGAGUUUCAGUAUUCUCAGAGAGAGCUGGACGUGACCGAUGUGUUCCUGACCAGGUCCAGCCGAGGGAACAAGGUUGGAUGCAUGUACAUACGCUGCGCCCCAAAUGCCAGGUUCACCGUGUUGUUUUCACACGGCAACGCAGUCGAUCUUGGUCAGAUGAGCAGCUUCUACAUUGGCUUGGGCACGCGCAUCAACUGCAAUAUAUUCUCUUACGAUUACUCGGGCUACGGCGUUAGCACCGGCAAGCCGUCAGAGAAGAACCUUUAUGCUGACAUUGAUGCCGCCUGGCAUGCCUUGCGCUCUCGGUACGGCAUCAGCCCCGAGAACAUCAUCUUGUACGGACAAAGCAUCGGCACGGUGCCAACGGUGGACCUGGCGUCACGCUUCGAGUGCGCCGCCGUCGUGCUUCACUCUCCUCUCACAUCCGGCAUGAGAGUAGCCUUCCCCGACACCAAGAAAACCUACUGCUUCGACGCCUUCCCCAACAUAGAAAAGGUAUCAAAGAUCCCGUCUCCGGUGCUCAUCAUCCACGGUACCGAGGACGAGGUCAUCGACUUCUCCCACGGCCUGGCCCUGUUCGAGCGCUGCCCGAAGGCGGUGGAGCCCCUCUGGGUGGAGGGCGCCGGUCACAACGACAUUGAGCUUUACAGUCAGUACCUCGAGAGGCUACGGCGCUUCAUCAACCAGGACCUGGCUGCACAGCACGCCUGAGAACGCAACCGACGGCCUCUCGUGGCGCCGCGGUGGCGUUUGUGCGUGCGUGUGCGGGUGAGAGUGAAAGUGAAAGUGUGGCUCGGACAAGAAUCAUCUGUGUGUCUUUUAAACAAGUUGUUACUUUUGAAAAAGGAUUGCAUUCAAAUAACAGGCGACGAUAUCAGCAUUUGAAGAAAAGAAAAAAAAGGUGAUUUUGCGUAUUUAUCUGUGGUGUAGUGUGUUUGUAAAGUGAGGGGGGUUCUACAGAGCUUCGCAUUUUAAAAUGACUAUAAAAUGGAAGCUUUCUUCCCAAAAAAAAAAAAAAAAAGUAACAAUGACGUGUUUGGUUCCAAAAGGCACACAGAUGUCAUUUAAAAGCGAACGAAUGAUUGUGCACCAGGAUGUCGCAUCUUGGGUGAAUAUUCUUAUCAUGUACGUUUGUGGUUGUGCGUGUGAGAGAGUUGAAGCAGAUUUCAGGGGGGGGGGGGGGGGGAAGUGAAGGACUUCCUUAUGACUUGGCUUGUGGUGAGUGAGGAAAAACUUUUUAGCGACUUGUCAUUAUUGAUGUUUUUUUUUGUGUGUGUCUUAUUUGGGUGCGUGGGUGUGUAUGUAUGAAGAAUACCUCCACAGUUUGACCAGCUUUUUAGUGGACGACAACACUGGUCGGAAUUCCACUCUUGUCGAUUUGUCAGCGGGCAUACAGAACUGACUGCCAGAUCGUAACUCGCUCGCGGCCUGGGGGGGAGGUCUCCCUCCCAAACACCACUUCAACCACUGUACCCCCCCGCCCCCCCUCCCCCCAACAAAAAAGAAAAACAACCCUGGCCGUUUCCUUCCUGUUUCCUGGCAGCACCGUAAAUUUUGCCUUUUUUACUCUUAGCUGCUCCUCCGGACGGGGAUUGGGAUUUGUCCCCCCCCCCCCCCCCCCCCCCCCCCCCGUGUUGCUUUUCUCCCACAAGCAAGAUGAGCCGGUCAGGAAUGUUUAUGAGAAGGAAAUGUGGAUGUUUUAGCAGUCCUCACGUUCAUUUCAAAAUUGCAUCGAAACCGAAGUGGUCACAUGUCCUGUCAAAGUGAGCGUGUGUAGCCGACGGGAGCCACUAGAGGUGAAACUUUGGUCAUUCAGCGCAGAGCUGAAAAAAACCAUCACACCCUCCGUGUGCACGUUCCAAUUCAGGACGACAGUGGAACCUCCAAAGUUGAACGUAAACCGCUAAGGUGACUUCAAAUUUCCCAAAGCUUCCCCAUAGCGAAUACCAUUUUCCCCCGCACGUUUAUAUUCAAGGGCCAAAGCACUGUCUAAUAUAGAAGUAUUGCUUCGGCGCCAUCUUGGUGUCAAAAUAUUAUAAUGGAGUGGGUUGGGAAAGUGUUUUAUUUAAAUAUGUAAUUAACCCCAAAUCGGAUCUUGGAUGUAUUUAUUGGUGGUCUUUUUUUGACUUUUUUUUUUUUUCGAGCAGAAGCCUGAUUUAUUUAUUCAUUUUUGUCUCAUACCUCCUGGUAUUUGUAAAACAAAAAAAUACCCGUAAGCAGAAAAACCGCCCCAAAGCAUGCGCAUAAAGAUGACAGGAGUGUGAUAACGUCACUUUGUCCACUUGUUGACUGUCUUCAUUGUGUUCCAUGCAGUCACAGCGCCAGUUUAAAAAACAAACAUUUUUUUAAAUCUCCCUGGGCUAAAAGAGAGCUUGCCCGAUACUUUGGUUGAGAAAAUCACAUCAAUAUAUAUUUAUGAUAUCAAAAAUGCCGGAGGGGCUUAAUUGGGGCAACUCUGGUUUCUGGCGGUCACCAUGUUUGAAAACGUUUUGAAAUUGUUUACCAUGCAUUUUUUUUCUCCUCCAUGUUACAAAAUCUGGCAUUUGAACAGGGGUGUGUAGACUUUUUAUUUCCACUGUAGUUCUGGGCUCAAACUAUCGCCACCAUAAACUGUACAUUCCUAACAAUCUCAAGUUUGAAAAGAAGUUAACUACCAUGUUAACUUCUCCUGUUUUGUCCAUUUUUUUGGGGAAGGGGUCCCGCAUUUCUCUCUCUUUGCGCUGAGAUUUUCAUGUGAUGUGAAUUGGACUUUGGAGGUUCCACUGUGCUGGUGUCUGGGUCUCCCAGUGUAAUUAUUUUUUUCCCUGCCCACAUGCCCUUGAGCGUGUCAAAUCGUGGGGCCCACUACUUCCUGUCUGACCCAAGUCAUGCGUUACCUUCUCACUUUGUGUGGUGCAGGUUCCACCACACACACACACGCACAUCGACACUUAUGUAGUGUGCGACAGUAUAUGUACACGUUGGUUCUACGUAAUAGAUGAAGCAUGGGGGCGGGGGGGGUGGGGGGAAGCAGGUCUUAAGUUUAGCACUAUUGUAACAAGGGUAUGAAGAUGUAAAGUUUGUGUGUUAUCGUUGUCUCGGGUUGGCCAGGUGACUUGGCUUCCCGUUUGAGAGAACCUGUAGGACCAGUUGGUACACUUGAAUGAACUCAGCUGAGACGGAGCGCCGUUGAAAAAAAAAAAAAAAGUUUAGUUUUUUUUUUUUAAAUUUGUGACUGCGCUCUUCGGAUUGGCUCAUACUGUCAAACGGAACCUCAUCUAUCGUCGUCCUGUCUCUCUCUCUCACUUUGUAUGCUUGCGAUUGAAAUCAAGGAGAUCUGUUACCACCUUAAACCAGGGAUCUGCCACGUGCGUUCAAAGACUUUUCGUCAACGUUUUUCUCAGUAUCAGAAAUUAAGAGCCCCCCCGCCCCCAACGCAACCCCGCCGGACAAAUUGUGUCUUCAGGGAUCCAUCUCGCGUAGGUUUUUGGGUGUAAAUGUAACAGUUUUUUUUUUUAAUGCGCCACUAUGGUUGAUGUAUCUUGUUUCUUGGGCCCUGAACAUUUAUUGGAGCCGGACGGGGUGGGCGGAAUUGAACGCUAAAAACUGUGUGCAUGUCUAUUGUGUUUUGCAGAGCAAUUGAUGGGGUGGGAUGUUCUCUCUGCAAUGUAUUCUGUUGUAUAUGAGGGCAAAGCUAAACCAGUGGCAUUGGAUCUUGGAAGCGCUUGAAAAGAAAAGAAAAGAAAACAAGAAAAAACAGGACAUUUCUUUGCAUUUUUUAAAAAAUUGCUGAUUCCAAGUCAUGUAUGCUCAAGUUUUGUCCUGGGGGUCAUUUGGUUGCUGGGUGGGUGGGGUAGACUACUUGAACAAUACUAGUGGACUGUUUAUACUGUAAGGUUACUGUACUUAACCUAUUCUUUGUAUUAUGAUUUGUAAUUUUAUGUUGCUUUUUGAACUGAGACUCUGAUGUAAUGGAGUUAAUACAUGGGACUGAAUCUUGACCUUUUUAUGGAUAACAAAAUAAAAUAUCACUUAUGUACAAGAAGGAUCAAGAGUGGCUUGGAUCAGAUGGUAGUCUCAGUUGCGCAUUGCAAAAUGACCUGGCCCACAUCGUAAGGCGCAUUUGAACCUGAGCAAAUGGAAUACAACAGGAUGAUGUUGAAACGGGAUCGUCCACCCCAAGUUUUACUUGAUUCAUAUGAAUGAAUGUAGACACUCAAGUAAAAUUCUAUUUCGAGAGUGACCAUUAAAUUGAGCUAUACAAGUAAGCUCAUUGCCCACUGUCACUGUAGAAGGAAAAAAACAAAUCAGGGCUUGAAAAGAUGUCCUCCUGUCUCAAGUGAUCUGUUUUAAAAUAAGCCCGACACUCCAAAUCAGACGGAUUGUAACAAAGUUAUUUAUUUACAAAUUUUGUUAACAGACUGGGAUGACAAAAUGUUUGACUUGGAAUUGAAAACUGAAGAGAAAUUAAAGUGGCUUUACCCCUUCAUGCUCCUGUUUAGAUGAAAACACUGCCCUCUACUGGCUAACAUAUGUAUUGUACAAGUAAAA